AACUGCAAAUGGCGGGAGGGCACGAGGAGAGAGCCGAAAAUUCCUCUCCAGAGGCCACCUCUCGCUAAACCACAUCUUUCUCCCUGCACCGCUCGCCACGAGACAGCCGCUAGAGCCGGCUCCGGCGUCUUCCCGGGAAAGGCCCGCGUCAUGGAGGGGGAAGAUUGUGACACGGAAGACUACAAGAAGCGCCGCGCGGAGUUCGUGGAGAAAGUCUUUCGUUUCCACGAGCGACGCGGGACACCUCUAAAGAGACUCCCAAUGUUAGGAGGCAGGGAACUCAACAUCUACCAUCUCUACCAGGAGGUUGAAAAGAGGGGCGGCUCGGAAAAGGUGACGAGGGUAAGAAUGUGGGGUGAGAUUGCUCGAACCUUCAACCUUCCCUCCACUGUGACUAGCGCCUCGUACGCCAUUCGGAACCAUUUCAUCAAGUUAUUGGAACAGUUUGAGGCAGUUGAGAACGGCCUUGUGUUGGAUUACGACGUGUAUCAACCCUCCCCCUCCCCCUCCCUCCCCUCCCUCCCCAUUCUCCCCUCUCUCCCCACCUUCACUAAACCUCUCGCACCACUCCGGAAACCUGCAGCGAUGUCUUCAAGUCUUCCCGUUCAAGUGACGCCUAGUGAAACUGACCUAGCAAUGACUAGACUGACUCGUUCCCUCCUCAGUGGUCUACCUAAUGAACUGGACUUUGCAUUCAACAUCCUCCUCAUCCUCUCCCACUCCAACUCCCUCUCUGUUCACAAGACUCCUUCUCUGCUGGAUAUUAUCCUAGCUCACGUGGCUAUCUUCAGCAAUGAUGAUCCUGGACUGGAGGAAAUGUAUAGGGAGUCCUGGUAUCCCAACAGUGAACUGGAUUUCCUUACAUUCUGGGAGCUGGCAGUACCGGAAUGGACCUACUCUGCCAUCUUGAAAUCCUCCAUCAAAAAGAGUCUGUAUGAGUGUGUCUUGUUCAACAGAGGAUCUCUACUGCUGCGCUGUGGAGCUGUGGAGCACUCACAGAGACAGGGAGAGGGGGAGAGGGAGGGAGAGGAGGAAGGGGUGGAGGGACUGAGAGUAGCGCAGGUAGCCACCGUUCUGAGCAAUCUCUCUACUAGUGACUCUGCUGUUGAGACACUGGCCCGGCACUCAGGAGUUUUGAGGUUUCUGACUCUGGGGAUGUCUUGUGAUCUCCCGUCAGUUCGUGUAGCGUCCCUCGACUGUCUCACCAACCUGGCCUCUUCUUUGAAGCUAUGUGGUGAUGAAGAAGAGGAGGAGGACGAGGGAGACGAGGGGGAGUGGUCAGUUGCCAAUGUCUUCAUGACCUCACUGCACCACUGUCUCCUGUCUGAGGACAGGUUUGCCAUCAAAAGAGGAGUGGAGAUCCUGGGAAAGAUAUCGGUGACCCUCCCCAACCUCCCGUUCCUCCUGACCACACCCUCGAGGUCUAUCGCCGCCUCCUCCACCCCCUCCUCCUCCCUGACGCCGAACUCGUCAUGAUAACCCUCGACUCGCUCUACUUCCUCACCAACCAUCAUCGAGAAGUCGCCCAGAGGGUCGCGAUAGUCUGUGGACUAGUCGACGUUCUUGUCUGGCUUCUCUCGUUUCGUAUCGAGACCCUACCGUCGAGUUCGCUGGCUCAGAUGAAGUUGUUUUUCAUCGGGGAUUCCGCAAGUCUUGCGCAAUAUCUCGCCGAUAUACAGGCAAAGCCGAAACAGGUUCAGUCGUUGACUCUGCCCGUAUCGGGUGGAGUCGUUUCCGUGGGUACGAGGGGCGUGGUGGCGAGUCCGCUGGCGACCAAUCAGAUUCGUUCUGUGACAGCUACGAGAACAGGGUCUCCUCUGUUGACCAAUCAGAUUGUGGCGAGGAGCCAAGGGGAAUUCCCCCGCGGGAGGAGUGAGAACAGUGGUCACUACUGUUGGGAGCAGUCUCUAUUCCAUUCUGGGGAACAGGGCUCUGACCCUCACCAACAACAACCCGGCGAGGAAUUCGCCAUUGAAUGGCUGAAACAGACGUACGAGGCCCAGCCCACUCAUCAUCUGGUGCUGCUGGUUGACCUGUAUGCCCAGUACGUCCUCCACUGCUCCUCCAAGGGGAAGAAGACUUUCCUCAACAACACUGAGUUUCUCUCCGCUCUCAAAAAAGUGUUCCCUUCAUCACAGACAAGAGAGGUUCGAACAGUUGCUAAGAAAUUGAUUCACUUCAUCACUGGUCUACGGAGAAUCUCCCAGCCUAGCAAGACGACUCCGCCUCUCGCAACAAACCACACCCCUUCCACAGUAUCCACGGCAACAAGCCCUUCAUCGGUAUCCACGGCAACAAGCUCCACCCCACAAACAAAUCACGGGUGCACCGCAACACAAGUCACUUCAACAUGUCCUCCCAAUUCAGUCACACAACUAACGACUUUUGCACCAGUACAGUUUGGUCGCAAGUCGUCCUCCGUUAGUCUUCAAUCGUCGUCCGUUGCCUCUUUUGGUUCGACGCCCACCCCCCCUCCCUCUCUAUCGGUCUCUCCUUCGCCCUCUGCUCCAUCUAGUAACGUCUCCAGUCGAGACUCAACACCUUCGAUGCGGAUAUCACCAGACCUGGAGACACUCACCCCCUCCCCACAACCUCAAACUAAGAGAUCCUCCGAUCAAAACUCACUUUGCAAUGAUGUCACACCCGCCAAAAACGAUGUAAUGGUAUCAAGAUCAAGCUCGUUGAAUUCUCACAUUUCUCCAACUGAAGCUCACUUUACCGCAUCGAGUCUUCCCUCUUCUUCCUCAUCGUCAUCUAACUCCGCCAUUCCUCGACUGCUCCCCUCUCCCCUUCUCCUCUCCCUUCCUCCACCUCCCCACCUCCGAUCAUCGAGCACACCCUCCCUCCCCUCCCCUCCUCACACCGUCACCUCUCUCCCCACCAGACAACAACCUAUAGCCACACCAACUAGCAAAAGGUCUGACGAUCGGAAUUCAAGUUUACCACUCGAAAAUCCAAACAAUCUAACAAAUGAGGAGUUGGGAGAAGAGAAGAUAAAGAUUUUUCAGAUAGACAAGUGGAAAAACUUAAAAAUGAUACCACACCUAUGAGGCCAAAGGUCAGUUGGUGUGGCAAAUUAGGGGAAACAUCACUUAACGAUAUUCACGAUGUGGGAAAAUUCGGAGUCAAGCGAACAUUGGUUGAUAUGAAUGGCGAACAAGAGGAAGAUGAUAGUGAAUCAAUGGAUUGUGGAGAUGUAGAGAAUGGAGCUGAUCUUCGAUUGUCAGUUGGUGUCAAUUCUGCAUUACUUGCAUCAGUCACUGAUCGGGAUGAUCGAUCGAGAUCAGGGACACCCCCUAAUCCACCAGGCUCCGAGACAGUUCCUGAAGCUAAGAGAAUUAGACUCGAUUCACACACAAACAACAACAAUAAACAACAACAAAAACAACAAACAAUUGAAGAACAAAACACGCCACAACAAGAAUCACAGGUUUUGUCAAAUUUGACAAACAGGACUAGUAAGCCUCGUCAAACCAGUUUCAUAACCUCGUCAAUCCGGUUUACCAACAACAAGUCACCUACUCUAGUCAUGUCUGG